AUGAUCGAUCAAGGAAUCACAGCAGAGGAUCGGUCAAGGAGUGGUCGAGGAACAAACCCACUGGAACGGGCUUAUAUCGGACGAGUGCGAGGAACAAAGGAAAUCCGAACGGUGAAGGCCAUUCUGGAAUCGGAAACGCUCAGUGUUGACGACGCUUUGGGACGCUACAGUAGUGCUGCUGACAGUUUGGCAGCUGAUACUCCGUCGUUGGACAUCCUCAAAAAGGUCAAUUCCAACGUCGAAACGGCCGUAGCUGUUCUGGAUUAUGGACAGACAAUGCUGACCUCCCUGAAGCGCUGCCUAGAGGAGCUCGAUGAAAUGGAAACUCACACAAGCUUCUCAGAAGCCCCUCAGACAAAUUUGGCGCCGAUUCCUAUUCCCAAGUUCAGCGGACGCAUCUGGGAAUGGGACACCUUCUGGGGAGCUUUCAAGCACUCUGUGGAUUCUCGAGAAAUGGACGAUUUGUACAAGAUGAAUUACCUCCUUGACGCACUUCAAGGCGAGGCUAAAGAAACCGUCAAGCAGUUCGAGGAAAAAUACGGAAGUACACAGGCUCUUGUCGACGCACUGAACCUCCCGCAGCUUCAAAGAGACAUGAACGAACUGAUGGCAAGCCUCAAGGAACUGAAUUCCCAAAAUGUUGUCGACGUGAACUCGCAACCAGCCUCUGAAAUGGAGAGGAUUCUGCGACAGAUGGGUGAGACUGAACGAGAGCUGAAAGAGGUCAGGGAUGCGAUGCUUGAAGUGAACCAGUCAAUCGAAAGAGAACGGCGGGAAUGCAAAGGAAGGAGCGGCUCAACAAGGACGAUCGAUGAUCUAAAACAAAGGAGAUCACGCCUUCAAGCAAGGGAGGAUCGGGUCGAGCGAGAGAUGAGGGACUUGGAGCGCCGACUUGAGAGGGAAGAGGCCCUGCGCAGCCUCAGUCACUCGAGAACACGUGAGCAUUCCGAAGAAGCCAGAAGAAGUUGUGAUUCUCGCAGCACCGGGAGAGACCAGGACGCACGCCGAGGACAGGAGAAACGACGCAGUUCGACAAGAUCGACGGACCACCAGCACAGACGGCCCAAUCCAGAAUCAAUAAAAUUGCGCGCGAUUCCAAUAGGUCGGCCACCCAAUUGGAAGAUCAAAGAGAAAAUUUUGAUCGCGACGUUGAGCUCCGAAGAAUCCAAACCUCUGUAUUUGGAACGGGCGACAUUCAAGCGACUCACCGUUGCUAGGAAGGCUCGUCAUAUCAUG